AUGCCCCUGAAGAGUUACAAGUACCAGAGCGUGGAUAAGUCUUACAUCUCGAAUCACAUCCUAAAGCAUUACGUAUUAUGUCCAUUGUUCCUCCCACAUACCAUACGCUCUCGCUCUGACGGAAAGAUUGUCACGCUAGUGGAAUGCAUUUGUCGAAGUUCUCCCGCUAUGGAUUGCUCCAAACAUGGUCACACUAUUGGGCUUCCUUUUCAUAGUAGGAAAUGUGAUGCUCAUAGAGGUGCUUAUGCCAGAUCUUAUCGGACCGGUACGCAUCGCUCAAACACAAAGAAAUCUACCCAUGGGUUACUGACACUCUGUCCAAGGGUCCUUCCUGGCUGUACUAUAGUUUCGCUCUUGGCAUGUGGAUCAAGCGCGGAGGACCGGGACGUCGAGUGGACUGGCCAUGGGAUUGACUCUCUCAACUGCACUCUGGCUAGUCUGCUGGAGACAGCAGCAAUGGGCUUUGGCUCUUCCCAGUUAGGAGCCUACACGGCUCUUGUUCCCUGUCUCGCAAUGUACUUUUCGACCUGGGAGACUUACCACACACAUACUCUCUACCUGGGAUACAUCAAUGGGCCUACCGAAGGCUUGCUCGUUGCAAUCGGAAUCAUGAUCGCUUCAGGAUACUAUGGUCCUCAGAUAUGGAGUCGGCCGAUCGUUGAAUUCCUGAAUUUUCCCCAGAUAUUUGGGAAUUAUUCGGUUAAAGAUGUCUGGGUUCCAUUCCUGCUUCUAUCGUUCUUUGUCGGUCAUCUGCCGGGAUGCGUCUUCAAUGUCAUCGAAGCUCGCAAAAAGCAAGGUCUGCCAGUGUCAACCAUCUUCAAGGAAUGGGUUCCAAUGAUUGUCUUCACCAUUUGCAACAUUGCUUGGCUCUUCUCUCCCUACUCGACUCUGCUGGCUCAAAAUCGACUAGUCUUGUAUUGUUGGACAAUCUCGUUUGUCUUCGGACGGAUGACCACCAAGAUCAUCCUCGCUCAUCUGCUCAGGCAACCAUUUCCGUACUGGACUGUCCAGCUCACGCCGCUUAUCGGCGGUGCAAUUCUUGCGAAUCUGCCCCACUUGGGUCUUCCUGCAGUGAGUGCAUGGGUAGAGCUUCUGUACCUGAGGGCCUAUCUGUUGUUUGCCUUCGUCGCCUACAUGCAUUGGGCGUUCUUGGUGAUCAAUCGGAUUACGACUUUCCUGGGUAUUAACUGCCUGACCAUCAAAAAGGAUCGCUCGAUGGCUAGGGAACAGGCCUAUCGCAAUUUCGGAGAGAGCCUUCUAGAGGUCCCCGAUGCUACGGACCCCCUCAAAGGCGGGCUCAAACACCAUUGA